UCUCACUCCUGUCACGAAUGACCGAUAUCCAUGCCUCUCCAGUCACGUGACUUAUUCUGAAGGUCCCACAACUCAAAUCCUAUCGCAGUCUGUUUCUCUUCUUCAACUCUGAUUGGUUUAUCUUCUCGUGUAGGCGCGAUGCCAUCGUACAGCCCGAUAAUGACGUCGUGAUGACGAGAUCGCCUGGUUACCAAUAGUGGUGAACCUUUGCUUGAAUCAACCGCAUAGUACUUGGGCUUGUAUCGCAGGCACAGAAAUAUAGUUACAAGGAUAGUAAGAAAAGUUGCAGUUAUAACAAAUAUGAUGACGAAGAUGACAUUAAAGAUGAAAUACUUGUGGCUUUGGUCAAACGGAUUACCGGUGUUCAUGUUUCUCCUAGUUGUACAAGGAGGUUCUUCAGGCUCCUUCUUAUUGGUGAAACAUACGCGUCGUAGCGACAACUUGGGGGUUUUCUCCCUGGCUGUCAGUCCCUUUAUCAGUGGGGGCUGGGGAUGUGGCUAUCGCUCUCUACAGACUCUCUGCUCUUGGGUGCGUCAUCAGCUGAAUGAGGAUGCUCCUCAACCUGUCCCAGACUUGCAUCAAAUACAGCAGACUCUAGUGGGAAUUGGUGAUAAACCUACGAGUUUUGUCAAGUCCAGAGAAUGGAUAGGGUCCUAUGAGUCCUGCUUAUGCAUUGACCAGCUGUACAAUGUUUGUUGCAAAAUUCUUCAUGUCACCACUGGAGCUGAAGUUCAAGACAAAGCCCUUGAAAUACUGAUGCACUUUAAGUCUUUCGGUUCUCCUGUGAUGAUCGGAGGAGAUACAGAUUGCUCUUCUAAGACGCUGCUGGGCAUUUGCAAGGUUCAAAAUGAUAAAUUUUACUUUCUCAUAUCGGAUCCUCAUUUCGUCGGAGUGGCCAGCCCACGGGUGUUACUGGAUGAUGGCUGGUUAAAGUGGAGGAAACUAGAAGAUGUCUUCGACAAGAACUCCUUCUACAACUUCUGUCUGCCUCAGCUAAGGAAGCUUUAAGUUUAAGCAUGUGCUUUUAUUCUUAGUUUUCAUUAGUUACAGGUGGUGAAGUUGGCAAAACGUUUGGCUCUCUAGUUAAGUGCGCCGAUGUUUAGAGAAUAUUUCCUCCAAGGAGAGUUCAUGAGGUUAUGAGCGUGAAAAAGAACAAAAUACAAAUUAAGAUGUAUAAUAUGUGCCGAUAUUCCCACCAGAUAAACAAUAGUUUUUUUGGCUGCCUUAUUUGAAGGCUAAGAUCACUGAUUGGGAAACAGAGGAAAAUUAUAACUGUUUUUAAGAGUUAGCUACGGGAAGCUUUAAUAUCGCCUUAAAGGAAUGGAUAGUCUUAUGCACUCAAGACAAUGGUAAUAAGAUUAUUUUAAUAAUCUUUAAAAAGAGUGCCAUGAUUUAGACGAAGGCAUUUGUAUUGGGAAAGGAAAAUGUAAUAAGAUUAUAACUCGAAGUUUUUA